CCUGCCUCCUCACAGUUACAGAGACAUCAGGGAGGCCUGUAGAAACAGUACCAUCACCAUUAAACUAAUGCUAAGUAUUUAUCUCUCCACAUAUAUGGCUAAAAGGAUGAGCAUUGUGUAGCAGCUAAUGCCCAUCACAAGACUAACAGGGGACUUACUGUUAUCUCCUGUCUGGAUCUGAUUCCCUUGUGUGAAUUGUCUAGGAGGAAAGCCAAAGCCCUGGACCUUACUCACACUUGAGAAAAACCUUGGACUUUAUUAAAAACCGUGGACCAUACCAAGACAAAAACAUUGGACCUACUAAGACAAGAGCCUUGGACUUUACCAACAGAAGAGCCUUGGAUCAAGAAGAAGAGCCUUGGAUCUAGAAGAAGAUCCUUGGAUCUAGAAAAGCCUUGGACUCAAGGCUUACUAAGACAAAACUUUGGAAAGCUUUGCACAGAAGAAGAAGAUGAGUUUUGACAGUGUUCCCUCCAGGUCAGAGGUGAUGGGGUGGAACGCACGUAGUCUAGCCGACUAUAUGAAGAGGCUGAGGCUGUCCAGCUGUGACAAAGUGGUGAUGAAGACUAGCAUGAACGGAGCACGCUUUCUGAAGAUGAAAGAUGGCGACCUUCAGAAGUUUCCCACCAUUCAUAUUCCAGUCAUCACUGAGAUCUGUAGUGAGAUCAACAGGAGUGAAGAGGAGAGGGGGUUCAGUCAGAGAUCAAGGGAACCUAAGAGACAUCAACAAGAUUUUGUACAAGAGGAAGAUGAAGCCUGGGAUUCAGAAACGUUUGAUAUGAGUGAUAAUGGCUAUGAGAACCCUGAUGAGGACGACAGUUAUAUCUGUGCCUUGUCUGACCGCCUGCCACCUGCAGAGGGAGAGGAGCAAGAGGGGAGUGAUGGUGACUAUGAGACUCCUCCCUCAGCUACAGAGGAGAUCCCCCGCCUCCUCAAUCUCCCUAAGCCCCUAGGGAACAGUGACUAUAUAGAUUCCGUGCGUGGAGGUCCGUCAGGAACUCUUCCUACUGGAAGGAUUCCGAGACUACCCCAGCGCCCUGGUCCUCAGGCUCUGGCCACCAGCCAUAACACACUGGCCAGACCUCCCACAUCCAGACUAGACCCCUCCCCUCAGAGGCCAUUCAAAGCUGCAGGUAAACGCCCUUCUGUCCCCAUGGUCGACCGAAGCAAGAAGCCUGGACAGCCCGCUCCCACCAAGAAACAACAUCACACAAACACCAAAACAACUCCUACAAGAGAGUGCAGUCCAUUCAGCUCUCCCCAGCCCGCCAUAGUGAAGCCACCUCAACUAAAGGGCCCAAAGCCACCAGACUAUAGACCCAGCUCCAGUAAACCUCCUUCAAUGGUCCCCAACACAAUGCCAGGCACAGAGAAGGACAUUGAUCCUGAGUGGUAUGGAGGACUGGUGACCAGAGGCCAGGCUGAAGCAUCUCUCAGAUGGGUUAACAAGGAUGGAGCGUUUCUGGUGAGGGACAGUUCCAAGGGUUCUUCUGAGCAGCCCUACACCCUCAUGGUGCUGAACCAAGGCAAGGUCUACAACAUCCAGAUACGUCACCAAGGCAACACAUACCACCUGGGCACCGGCCUCAUGGGUAGCGAGAGUUUCCCAGGAGUGGAGGAGAUAAUAGAACACCACACAUACACCCCUCUGCUGCUCAUAGACAUGGAGAAUGGAACUGGAGCACAGAGCCAGUGCUGCCUGCUGCACCCUGCACCACUCUGACCAGAACCAGCAGCACACGAAACACUGUGUGUGUGUGUGUGUGUGUGUGUGUGUGUGUGUGUGUGAAGUUGCAUGUCGUAAGUUAAAUGUAUUGAAGUUGUACAUAUUAUACUGGUCAUUUAAAAUAUACCUGUAAUUUUUAGAUUGUGAUCAUGAAACAGAGAAAUAUGUAUGUGAAUUUCUCUUUGAUAAGAAGCUAUUUUUGUUUCUUUUGACCAUUUUAAUUGAAAACAAUCACAGUAAGGUACUUAAAUUGUUAUCCAGAAAGGAUUUGAUAUGGAGAUAAACGCUGCAUUGGAUCUUUAACACAUCGCAGGUUGCCGUUUAUUGUCAUGAAUCUUGUCUUGGAGGCAGAACAGAUUAUUUUCCUCUAGAUGGGGUAGCUGCAAAGUCAAAAUUGGCUAUAUCAUAGAAUGUUAUGAUACAUUUUCUUUAUUUUUUGGUCUUAAUUUAAGGUUAGGGUUAGCAGUGUGACUACUCUGCAGAGCUGCCUCCAGGGAUUGAUUCAUGAUAAUAAAUAAUUUUCCUCCUCCACACUCCUCACCCUGAGGUCAUGUUGGGCCAGGUCAACCCGUUCCACUCUGUUCAGAAAGGCCAUCUUGUCUGGGUGGCUGAAGUCACACGAUCAGGGCACACUGUCUCAGCUGGGACCACACUGUGAACAGAAGAAAAAAAGAACAAAAUAAACACAUUGUAAAAUAAA